AUGGCUCCGAGACGCAACACUGCAAACAAGAAAGCCACCAACAGGAAGACUGCCAACAAGGCUCCCCAUUCUCCCGUCGAUCUCAACAAGCUUUUCCCACCCUGGGGCUCUGAAGCAUCACUGAACCAGACGGCAAACAAGGAAGCUACCGAUAUCCUCCUUGCCGUGUACCAUGACAUCAACGCCUACUGCAACCUUGAGAGACUUGCGAAAGAGAAAGUUUACGGUUGUCAAGAGACAUAUUCCAACUUGCUUGUCUUCACAGAAGGAUUUGUCGAGCGGGAAAUCGGCUACUACAUGUCCUGCGUGAAAUCCUUCGAGGCGGAACGUGGUGAGUUCCAACCCGUCACACCUAACAGCAGAUUUUUAGAGUUCGUUACUGGGCUCGGAUGGAAGAUGUUUGCUAUUUGUUCCCAUGCCGAAGCAUUCCGACGAGGUAUCAAAGAAGCCAACGAUAGAACCUGGGGGUUCUUCCUCCAGAAGAUUCAGGAAAACUUCUUGAGUAUUGAACUUUAUGCGCACAGCCGUACCCUGAAGUGGCGUAACAUUAUCUGGACCUACCAGGACUACCCCAUCCUAGGCCUGCCAGAUAUGAAGCCCGAGAUCGAGAAAUACAUGGAGUGGAAAGUCGACCACCCUCACCACACUGUCAUCACACUCGACGGCAAGUUGAAGGAGCCCACCUACAACGGCAAGUUACAGCAACACAUUAACGAGAGUAUCUAUGACCCCAAGAAGUGGCGUGGUCAGAAACAGGACCCGACGCUUCGCCACAAGCCGAAUGGCAGUCCGAUCAACGUCGGGCGCGAUUGCACUCUAUGCGGCAGCACUGUUUCUUGUGAUUGCCGCUUGACAUCUCGGGCAGGAGAACUGGUUGAGCUGAGAGAAUACCCCGAGACGGGUACUGGUGUUCGAGCGCUGACGAGAUUCGAGCGCGGAGAUAUUCUCGAUAUAUUCAUGGGUGAGCUCCUUCCCGAAUCCGUAGAGGUGGUCUAUCCCCUGACGCAAACCGACGACAAACCCACUACGGAUGCCGGUACAGCUCGCGCUUUGUGUGUAAUUUGCCCCCACCAGUUUGGUAACUGGACCCGUUAUAUUGGCCACUCGUGCCGGCCCGCGACGCAGUUCACGACUCGCACCAUUGGAAACCGAGUUGUGUGCACAGUUGAAGCUAUUCGUGAUAUUCUGCCCUUUGAAGAGAUCACUGUUAGCUACGGUGAUAAGUACUGGAACUCCGCAGACUAUGACUGUCUAUGCGGACACUGCGAUGGCUCUGGGACUGACUAG